AUGGCUCCCAGUCUCAACCUAGAGAGGAAGUAUCGCCCAGUAGCAAAUGACGAGGCGGAACGGAAACAGAUACCCCGCUCCGUGAUAACUUACCUGCAUCUCGACAAGAAAUUCCCCAAUUGGCUCCACCAGGAGGUCGCCAAAGAGCUCCUCACCAACACAAACAUUCCCCAAGACUAUUGUUUCUUGGCUUUCCACGAUAUAUAUCCCAAGGCCAUGCUGGAUCCUGUACUUGCCCAGCUGCCGCAGGGUAUGGAGCGUACCCACAAGCUGAUGCUCCUCGACGCCAUGAGAAACCGAGAGAAGAAGAAUCACAACAGAACCAUUAAAUCCAAGAAGACUAAAAAGAAGCAGAACUUGGGAAACCGAAACUCUGGUCUCAGUACAGCCCCUGGGCCUUUCAUAGACCGGCAGCUAUCCGACAAGGAGGACGCCGCCCCUCAUGACAGACCAAAACCCGCCGCUUUCAGCAAAGCGCCUCGGCUGCCCGAUGUUCCGAUACUCUCGAGGCUGAGAGUCUUCCCCAGCUGUUCUCCCCGUAGGAUUCCUACCGAAGAUGGAGAGUCCAUCUCCACAUAUGCCGGCCCCCUGAGACGCUCAGCUUCUACCAGCUCUGGCAGGUCUUCGCCGGACCCUCUUGGGGUCUCACCGACAGUGUUUGGUGACGAGAUUUCGGACAUUACGUCUAACGAUUGGGUCUGGGACGCCAAGGUUUCAGAUGAUGAGCUUUCCGAAUUAGAUGAUGAGGUCUCUGAAGGCUCUGAAUCGAACGCCGAGGUCACUGAUGAUAGGGUGUCUGAACGCGCUGAACGCGCUGAAUCGGUGGUCUCCUCGCGACCUUCCACCUCCUCGCCCGACUUGCGCAUGCCCCGGAAUAUUUUCCUGGAGGACACCCAGGCGAAUACCAAGAAACUCGAAACAUUACUUGAAGACGAAGUUGCAGUAAAUCAUGCCAUUGCCAUGGUGAUCUGGGAUGAUUCUAUUUGGAGCUCGCUAUGCUGCAUGGAUCCGUCCGUCCAGGCUUCAUAUCUCCACGAGUGCUUGCUCGAAUUCAGGCAAGACGACUUCGACAUCCCUACUCGGUCAGCGGGCCCACUGAAAACCACCGUCAAAAUCAUCCGAAAUCUAUUCCAAGACAGGACGAGCGAAGUUUUUGGCCGCGUGAUGAAGGAGGGAACACUAUUUCCCUACACUUUAAACGUCCUUGAAAUACUGGGUGGGAUGGCUGGGAAGUCGGACGAAGAAAAGGCUUCAAUGCAAAGAUUGUUCUUGAUGUCCCUCUCGGAACUUUAG